AAAAAAGAAUAAGAAUAAAGAAAGAGAAAGAAACCUUUAGAUAUUCGGCGAACGAGGAAUAUUAAAACGAUCGAAUCGAACAAAUUCGAUCGAUUCGAUUCCCUUUUUUGUUUUGGCCAAACCUGGUCCAAAUCCUUCGCGUUUCGCGCCUUCAUUUCCGUGUAACUAAGUUUCGUUCCACGGAACGCGUUCCUCCGCGUUCCUUCGGAAUAUCCGUGACGAUUCGCGCGUUCGCAAAGACAAACACCUUGGGGAUCUAGUAGAAGGUAGAACGAUCGAUCGCGCAUGCUCGAACUUCGCAGUUUAUAUUUAUACACAGUGGCCAGAGAGAGGAAACAACAGAAUGGAACGAAGUUUCCUCUUUUGCCGGACGCGCUUCUCGAAACAAUCACGGUUUACGCCCUUUUAGUUUUUCUGAUUUUCGUUUCGUUUUGAUUUUGUCUUUUCAGCGAUGGAUCACGCGAAAAGCCAGGGGACCACGGAUCCACUGAAAAUCGGCGGAAAAGGCCGUGCUUGCGUUACCCGAAAAAAGUUUUCCCCUUAGAGCGUUCCAUUGUGAAGAGGGCCGAUUAAAAAGAAAAACGAGAGAGAGAGAGAGAGAGAACGAGCAAGGGAACAAAAGAGAAGAAGAGGAGAAAUAUAAACGUAUACACAGUUGUAGAUAAAAGUGACAACGAACGUAAAGAGAGAGAGGAAGAAUCGAAGAAGGAAGGAAGAGAAAGGAAAGAGAUCGAUCUCUCGCAUAUUAAAAAAAAAAUAAAUAAAUAAUGGGUUGAAUCCUCGCAUCGUUUUUUUUCGAAGAAGCAAGAGAGGAAAACUAGAAGGGAGGAUAACGAUGUCGAUGAGAACAUACCCUCGCGCGAAGACGACACCACGCGUCUUCUCAAACAAUGCUGAACCCUUUCGAAGAUCGGGAUUUCCACGGAUUUUCGCAGCCCUCAGGCGAGAUAGUUAAUGAGAAGGGUCUUCUCAUACUGUUGUGACACGGUGUGCCAGUGAAGUGUGGAUUUCUUUCCUUCUUUUUUUUUUUUUUUUUUACGUUUUGUUCGCGUAACCGCGACCAGGUGCUUUCGCGUGUUUCCGCGGUUGUUUCGCUUUUCAGUCGACGCGAGGGAGAAGAAGGAAAAGAAAAAAGAAAAGAGAAAUAUGAAAUCUCGCGCGAGUCGUAACCUUUCCAAUUAAAUCCGUGUAACGCGGUUCUUCUCUCGAUCCAUCAACAGUUCUUCGACUUCCGUGUUUUCAACGCUUAUUAACGAACGUGUAUCCACCACCACCAUCACCACCUUCUCCUCUUCCCAAUUCUUUCAAUCUCGCGUUUUCUCUCUGGAUGCAAACCAACACCGUGACGCGUCACCAUCGAUUAUCGAUCGUCAUAUCGUCCUCUCCAAGAGUCCAAGUGUAAAAGGGAUAAAUCACGACGAGCUAGAGAAGAAGAGGAGAGGACACAUGAAUAAUGUGAAUAAAAAAAAAAUCCAUCGUCGGAUCCUUCCUUUUCCCAAGUAAUAUAUAAUAACCGAGGCGUGAAACAGUUGGGAACGGUGAAAUUCGUCGCGACACGAUUCCACCGUCGUCCGUCGAUAAGGAUCGGGAGAAAAUAGAAACGUGUCACGGUGAGCUUCAUAAAGCAUCCGCGCGUAAUCGUAUCAGAUUGAAUAAUAGGCUGCUCAAGGCUACCGAAAAGCAUUGCCCCCGGCCGGCGGCGUCUGGAGAAUAACGAGAAUCGUAUGAACGGGAGCAACGCCUAAUGUGUUCGCUUUUGAAGGCGAGAGAUUAACAGAUAAAACGCGCUCCGUUGGCCACUGGCCGUGGAUGUGCCAAAAUUGUUCGUCAGUCGGCUGCGGGCAGCUUCAUUGAGAAUCCGGCCUGAGGAGGUAACGGCCACUGACCUCGGCGUUGAGAACCUGAGACCUCGGAGAGGAAUGCUUUCGCGAAACCGUAGCACCGCCGAUUUUCUUGCGAACGCUUCUUCAUCCUCCUCGUCAUCGCCCUCUUCUUCGAUAUCGUGGUCUCCUUCGUCAUCGUGCUAUCCCUCGUCCCCGUCGUCGUCGUCGCCGAGCUACGAUCGCCCGUGGAUCGAUUCGUGGGAAAGCAAGAUGCGGCCGGGGAUCGUUCGCUCGUGAAGUUUCGGGGAAACGCGGACACAGCCGAGGAGCGAAGUUAAUCGAGUGGAAAUCGAAAAGUUUUGAAAUUGGCCCGAUUCGUCGCUGGAUGUGUGCCGGCUUUGUUCCUUGGUAUUAAAUUAGUGUGAAGCAUCGUUGUGGGUACGGAAAAAGUGAAUACACGUGAACCCUUUUUUCUUUUUCGAAGAACCCUGUUUUUUUUUCUCUUCUUUUCACGCUAUUGUGUUUCGUUUCUCGAGUCGCUUUCGCAACUUUCUCCCAGUUCGGUUUAUACACACGGUUAACGUGAUUCAAACGAAAGUUAAAAGAUUUAAACUCGGCUCGAACGAAGGUAUUCGAAGGAAACGGGAUUGCUCUCGUAUCGAAUCCUCCCUCGAUCGAGAUAUUUUUCGAAACGGUGAAAAAUAAGAGUACAUAAAAAAAAAAAAAAAUAGAAAGAGAAAGAUCGGUUGAGAAAAAGACGCGCGAGGGAGGAGAGGCAUCCGUAAACGAAAGAAAGUGAUCAGACAUCCGAAACGGACGCGAAUCGAAUCACGUUGAGAGUCGAGUACGCGAAUGGUGACCGCAGUUGGUUGCGAGGUGCGCGAUCGCCAUCGUUAUCACCAUUUCCUCUUCGUACAAUGGACGUUUUCAAAAUCGACCAGUCGCUGAGCGCGGGUCUGGGUAGCGCCCCGGCGCCAGACACCCUUACACCGGAAGUGUCGUUCGACGCAGGCAGUGAGUUCAAUUUGAGCUUCUUCGACGGCCCGGAGGAGAACAGCACGCAAGGAUUCAGCGAUCCAGGCUCCGUUGGUAGCGCCAGCGCAUCGCCACCGCCUGGAACACCGGCCAGCAUCCCUGUUAAUCCCUCGAACGCCGCCCUACCGAUUGUCCAAGUGCCCCCUGGCAUCGUCAUUAAGCAAGAUAGGUUUUGUUACAAGAAAGGGAGACUUGGCUAAUGGCAAUGCUAAUAACACGACGGUAUAAAUAGGAGAGAUUCCUUUAACAGGAGAGAGAGAGAUUCGAGUUGGCGUUGGUAAGUGCAACGCCAUUGAACUGUCCACUAUAUGUAUAGUACGAGUGGUCAUGCAACGGUAAAAUUAAGGGAAAUUGAUUAAGAUUGGUCGUUUUAAAUGUAUCUGAUCGAACUUGUACAUUCUGACUUCCUGAUGCAAGAGUCGCACUCUUGAUUAAUACGAAUUCUUUGAUACUAUUUUGAAAUAUAUAUUAUCCAAAGAAUUAUAUAAAUAUAAUACGAAAAUUUUCUUUAUAAAUUUUAUCAUUUUUAAAAAAUAAAUUAAAAUA